AUGGUGGCCGGUCCAGAGCUAGAAGAGUCACCUCUUGGUCGGCCGUUGUCAUGGCGAAGUGGCGUUCCAAUAUGGCCGCCCAUAACCAAUGGUAAAUUUCAAAAAGAUAUAAAGAAAAGCGAAGUUAAAGAGGUCGAGAUCAAAGUGGGAUUAGCAUAUUCUUCAAGUGAAGGCGUAAUCAAGUCCCGAAGAGGCAAGACACAAAUCGUCCGAAUCAAAUCUUCUGCUACUAGAGAUGACAUUCUUAAAAAGGCCUUCGAAAAACACGCCGAUUUUGACCAAACAUUUGAUGAUUCUGUACCCUACAAGCUACUAUAUCCUGAUUUCAGCGAAGUUGAAUACGUGCCUGGUACCAAGGAUAAUUUCACGUUAGCUGCAUAUAAAGAUGCUGCUGGAAAAGAAUUUAAACGUCUAACGCUGUAUAUGAUCCCAAUCCAUGAWUUCUAUGAUGAUGACAAUGAGAAUGAUCGUAGUGAAUUAGACGAUGAUGCCGAUGAGAAAGAUCGUAGUGAAAAUAAGAUGCAAGGCAAGUCUCAUAAAGCUAUUCCUACUAUAUCAUUAACAGCUGAUUCUUCUGAUAGUGACAAUGAACUUUAUAAAUCAGCAUUAGCAAUCGAUAAACCAUCAGUGCCAAGCACCAGUAAUAAGCUGUAUGAAUACUACAUAGAUGUGUGGGAUGAUGAUGGCGAAGAUGUAGAUUUGUUGGCUGCUAUCAAUGCAAGCCUCCAAGAUACCUACAACCAUAGACCAGUGGCAAGUACAUGUACUAGUGCAUCGAUCAAUGCCCAUGAAGUCAUUCAAAGCUUCAUUUCAGACAACUAUAAAACUGAAGGGGACCUUGUCCAUGUUAUCAUAUUGCGCAAAAAAAUCAUGCAGUCGACUUUAGCUGCAAUCGAAAGAAAAAGUUUUAGCCUUUGCAAUCCCCUUGCCAUCAGUUUUAGUGGAGAAGAUGCAGUAGAUGUUGGUGGGCCAACACGUGAAUUCUUUCGACUUCUUAUGAGUAGUCUUAAAGAAACUGGCAUCUUUGAAGGUAGCUGGUUCUCACAUGACCUGAGAAUGUUGAGUAACGACAAGUACUACCAAGCUGGAAAACUGGUUGCUUGGAGUGUCCUCCAUGGUGGAAGUGGACCAAAGUGUUUGGCAAAAGAGGCAUACUGUAUCCUUCAAGACAUCCCUGUGGAGAGUAAAGUGGCAAUUAAGAAGAUAACCGACACAAAGUUGAGAGAGGCCAUAACUGACCUUGACAGCUGCUCUGAAGAUGAAUUCCAGUCAAAUGUCAGUAAACACGCAGAUACUGUAGCAGCACAUGGCUAUUCAAAUGUCUACACUUGCAAAUAUAACCAGAGAGAUGAGAUGAUUAACUGUUUAUUAAAACAAGUUUUUGUUUUUGGAGUUUUUGCUGAAAUCAGUCAGUUUAAAAGAGGCAUGAAUGAAAUUGGAUCAUUAGGAGACAUUGUCAUGUCCAAUCCAACAGUCUUUGAUGAAAUCCUAAGUGAUAAAGAAGAUGAUAUAACCCUUSUUGCCUUCAAAAAGUUGUACAAAGUAUCCUAUUCUGAUGUUGGGUCAAACCAAAGGCAAGGAGAGGAACAAGCAAUGUACAGUUUUGAACUGUUCCUACAGGAUCUAGCAGAAGGUGAAAUCCCAGAGCUAAAGCUAUCAGAUCUCCUAAUUUUUCUAACAGGAGCAGAGAGAAUUCCUCCCCUUGGAUUUCCUGGUUCGCUUGUAUUGGAGUUCUAUGACAACAUUGAUGGAGAAAAGCGAUUGCCAUGGGCUUCCACGUGCUCCCUUACCCUCCAUCUUCCAAGGCAAAACAAUUCACCAGAAGAGUUGAAAUGUCUUCUUUGUCAGAGUCUUCAAGAUUGCCAAGGUUUUGGAAAGUGUUAG